GCCGUAGGAAGCGACAACCACCCCGCCUUCGCUUUAAGAGGAAGGUGCUAGCGACUGUGCAAUAUCCCGGUCUGUGGUGGUCCAUUUUUAUAUCUGUCUACGACGCAGCCUCAGAGUCCAAGUGUUGGUAACAUACAGAGCAACAUGCCUCUUCAGGUCCACCGCAUAACCUCGGCGGCCGACUUUGAAACCUUCGUCGCUAUACAGAUCGCCGCCUUUGCCAACGGCGGUGGUAUCACUUCCCUCCUCACGCCUAAUCCCAUCACCGACGAGUACAUCCAAAAGUCCAUCGAAAAGCACGUCAAGUCUUGGCGCGAGGAGCCUGACGUUGUAUAUCUCAAAGUCAUCGAUACCGACGCCCAUGGCAAGAUGAUCGCAGGCGCCAAAUGGCGCAUCAACGAGCAGGAGCGCAGUGAGGGAGAAGCCAGCAAGAUGUAUCCAGUGCCAGAUGAUGAAGCCAAAGGAAGACAGGGCUUGCUAGACUUCAUGGUAUUCCUGAGUCGAGUGAGAAAGGAGUACAUGGGAACGAAGCCCUUUUACUUUCUGCAUAUCCUCGUAACGCACCCAGACCACCACCGCCGAGGUGCAGGAUCUAUGUUACUUGAGUGGGGUACCAGGCAAGCGGACCGCGCGAGACUACCUGCCUUCUUGGAGUCGUCCCCGAUGGGCAAGCCUUUGUACGAGAGAAUGGGGUUCCAAGCUAAGGAAGUGGUCACGUGGGACCUGUCAAAAUAUGGCUUGGAGGGGACAGAUACUAGUACAGUGAUGCUUCGUGAGCCCAGCAUACACAUGGUGUGAAGUGAUAUAGAUGCGACAUUGUGUGUGAGAGAAGCCGAAGGUUGUUGGAAAUGGCGAGCAAUGACACGGCUUC